AUGAAAUUUUUGAUUGUUAAUGGAUUUACUGCAACUGCUUCUCACUCUAAGAUCUUUAAUCAAUUUAGACAAUAAAUAUAUGAAGUAUUAAUUCAAAAGAUCUAGAUCACUUAAACAUAGAAGGAAGUCGCUGAUAUUGACUUUGAUUAUAUUGAGCUUGAUAGACACAAUUUAGAAGAAUAUUUAUUUGAACCAGAAACAUCUCACAUCAAACCUGAGAAAGGGCUGAAAUUUAAUUCAUUAGACAUGGUUUUUAUUAUAGCUUCCCCAAAUACAAGACCCUGGAAUCCAAAUAUGCGAAAUCUCUUGAUAAGAAUGUGCAUCAAAACUAAGAAAUUGCUUUUUAUGACCUCUUUUGGAGCUCAAGCACUUGCAUACUUGUGUGCUUCCAAUAUUUCAACACAUAUUAAAAUUACAAAUGGAAAUGGAGAGGGCAGUAAAUUGGUUGAUUUUCCAAAGUACACUAUUCAAGCCUUGAAGAAUACUCAUGAUGACUACUUUUUGGACACUACCACUGGAGAUUUGUAUACAUACAACAAAGUUACAGAUGAAUGGAUGCCUAAAUGCAAUAUUGGAAUCCAUCACAGGAGAGAUGCAAUGGAAUAUCAAUCUAUAGGAAAGUAUGUUGUAAAAUCCCCUGCUUAUAAACCAAAAUAAGUGAUGCUCAGCAAUCAAACAGAAAUGACUUGCAUUAUUAAAAAGCCAUUUUUGCAUUAUUGGUUGUUUAAAGAUGUUAACAUUGAGUUUUCAAUUAAAUAAUCAAACACCUGGGAUAUACAUGCCAUCACAUUUACAAACCCAGAAAGAAGAUUUCAAUCUUUGGCUGAAAACAACUUACGAGGUCCCUUAAUCAUACAGUGUGAUAACAUAAUAGCAUUGCUAUUCGAGUUGGAUUAUAAAUAAAAAGAUUAAGUUAAUCUGUUAUCGAAUUUUAUAGAAAAUGGGAUCAAGAUAAUUAGAUAUUCCAAUUCAUAUAACACAAUUAGCAUUACAAAUGAAAGGUAAUUUACUUCCCCAAGAGGAUUGGAAAACAUAUAAUUGAUCUACAAUUAAGAUAAUAAAUCGAAAUCCUAGCAUUUAUAGGAGGAUAUGAUGAAGAAGCAACAUAAAGCCUAUGUGAGGGAAUAUCGCAAAUUAGUUAAUACGGCUAUUCUAGAUUCAGAGAGAGAUAGGGAUAAGAUAUUACAUGUGGGAUUCUCAGUAAAGAAAAAUCGUUUACCAGAAGUUGUUGAAUAAAAUAACAUACAGCAGAAAACAUUGAAGGCAACUCAAAGGAAAUCAUUUAUUGCUAAAAAAGAACACUUUUAUUAAAAUCUUGACUCUCUUAAACUUAAUUUAGAUGAAAAUCAAAGUUACAAGAAUCCUUCAACUUCAACUAGUAGAAAGCACUUAAAGUUACGAACUGAACCUAAAGGAGUGCUAUUUCAAAUGAUUGAUGAACCUGAAGAGCAACCAUUAAUUCAAACUCAUAGAGUUCUAUCCCAAAUUGAAGUCAGAAAAUAGUUACACCCUUCGCUAAAUCAAGAGUUUUUGGGAUCUUAAAAAAAUUGGAUCCCAGGAUUCUUGAAAUUAAAUAAAUCUAAGGUCUCCUAAUCAUAACCUAAUUCUGGUAGACAAACAUUUUAAUAACUACUUGAUUGA